AUAUAUAUAUAUAUAUAUAUAUGCAGAUCUCCCAGUAAUUUUCUCACAUCCAGCUUUUGCAGUGGUAGAUUGGGAGAUGGGUAAAGCCUCCGUAAUCGUGUACAUCACAAUCGCCGUGCUCCUCCUACUGCUCAUCUCCCAAUCUCCCAACAAGGGCAACAAGCACCGCCGCCACCGCCGCCUCAAGCUCCGUUCCAACUUCACCUUCUCUCCGCCCGCCGACGGCCACCUCCACCACCAUGACCGUAUCCAUUUCGACCCAAUUGUCGCCGACAUCGAGCGGAAGCGGGAGGACAAGGAGUGGGAGAAGAUGUACAUAGAGACGCACCACCCGGAGCUGAAGUCCAGCGAGGAACACGCCCCCGGGGAGCAGGCGCAGCCGGAGUGGGAGGACUUCAUUGACGCCGAGGAUUAUCUCAAUGACGAGGAGAAGUUCAAUGUGACUAAUCGGCUGGUGAUGCUGUUCCCUAAGAUUGAUAUUGACCCGCCGGAUGGGUACGUGAGUGAGCGCGAGUUGACUCAGUGGAAUUUGGAGCAGAGCAGGAGGGAUGUGCUGCACCGGACCGAGAGGGAGAUGGAGACUCACGACAAGAACCGCGAUGGCUUCGUCUCUUUUGCCGAGUAUGAGCCUCCCACAUGGGUGCAAAAAUCGGAAAGCAAUUCAGUUGGGUAUGACAUGGGCUGGUGGAAAGAAGAGCAUUUUAAUGCAUCAGAUAUGGAUGGCGAUGGUCUAUUAAAUAUUACAGAAUUCAAUGACUUUCUGCACCCUGCAGACUCCACCAACCCAAAGCUACUACUAUGGUUGUGCAAGGAAGAGAUAAGGGAGAGAGAUAGUGACAAAGAUGGGAAAGUUAACUUCAAUGAGUUUUUCCAUGGGCUCUUCGACUUAGUAAGAAACUAUGAUGAGGAGGGUCACAAUACUUCGCACCAUUCUGAUGAUUCAGGAAGCACUCCAGCUCGAAAGUUGUUUGAUGAGCUUGAUAAAGAUGGCGAUGGAUUUUUGUCUGAUGUGGAAUUACUACCUAUAAUUGAAAAACUUCAUCCAUCGGAGCGUUACUAUGCUAAGCAACAGGCUGAUUACAUCAUACAACAGGCUGACUCGGACAAAGAUGGACGUCUGACUUUGUCUGAGAUGAUUGACAGUCCAUAUGUAUUCUAUAGUGCAAUAUUCAAUGAAGAUGAAGAAAGCGACUAUGAAGAGUACCACGAUGAGUUCCGUUAGCUCACAUCUAUGUGAGGUUGUAGUAAGGUGCUCAAAGUGAAGUCAGUCUCGUACAUUGCGUAUUUGUGAUAUUUAUCGAAGUGGUGGAGGUGUUUGUAAGCAACCAGACGCUGCACCGGAUAUCUAUCGACUACUAAAAAUGGUGGUAACUUUUGUUAGCCAUUUUCGUGCCACUGAGAUCAUCCCUCUCAUGUUUCAUUUGCCACUGCAGAUUGUUGACUUUUUUGAUUGUGUAGAGAGGAAACUAAGUAGGGAGGAUUAAAUGAUUAGUGAUUACAGGGUAGAUAGUAAUUUAAAAUCAAACUUGUCGCUUUAACACUUGUUUCCAUAUCGUUUGCAGUUGAUUGGUAGGACUUGUUCAAUAUCACACUAAACCAUUUUGUAAUCUAUAGAUUAUUAUUGCUGAUUUUUAGCGUGUUUCAGCUUGAAUUAAAAUAUCAUACUUUAC